CUGGGCUUGAGUAAAACUUCAACUCAGCUGAAAGUCAAUCACGGUUCAGGCAUACAGCUACUGAUCCAGAGCUGAACAUGUCUAUCCUUGGCCUAAAGAAGAAACAGCCAAAGACUUUUAAAGUCAAAGUUGUCACUAUGGAUGCAGAAAUGGAAUUCAGUUGUGAGGUAAAGUGGAAAGGAAAAGACUUGUUUGACCUUGUUUGCCGGACUAUCGGACUUCGGGAAACCUGGUUCUUUGGUCUGAGAUACAAGGUGAAAGAUACCAACGCCUGGCUGAAGACAGAGAAACGGGUCUUGGAUCAAGAAGUCCCCAAGGACUCCCCAAUAACAUUUCAUUUCUUAGCAAAAUUUUUCCCUGAGAAAGUGGAGGAGGAGCUGGUCCAGGAGAUUACGCAACAUCUCUUCUUCUUACAGGUUAAAAAGCAGAUAUUGGAUGAAGAGAUAUUUUGUUCACCUGAAGCGUCUGUACUUUUGGCAUCAUAUGCUGUUCAAGCAAAGUAUGGUGACUAUGACCCAAACUUCCACAAACCUGGCUUUUUGGCCCAAGAUGAACUCCUGCCUAAAAGAGUUUUGAUGCAGUACCAGAUGACCCCGGACAUGUGGGAGGAGAAGAUCACCGCCUGGUAUGCAGAGCACAGGGGCAUCGCCAGGGAUGAGGCGGAGAUGGAGUACCUGAAGAUAGCACAGGACCUUGAGAUGUACGGGGUCAGCUACUUCUCCAUCACACAAAACAAGCGUGACACGGAGCUGCAGCUGGGUGUGGACGCCCAGGGCCUGCACAUCUACAGCCCCAACAGCAAGCUCACCCCCAACAAGUCCUUCCCCUGGAGCGGAAUCCGCAACAUCUCAUACAGCGAGAAAGAGUUCACGAUAAAGCCCCUUGACAAGAAGAAGGAUGUUUUCAAGUUCUACUCUUCUCAGCUACGUGUUAACAAACUGAUCCUGCAGCUCUGCAUUGGGAACCACGACCUGUUCAUGAGGAGAAGAAAAGUGGACUCGAUAGAGGUCCAGCAGAUGAAGGCUCUGGCCAAGGAAGAGAAAGCCAGGAAAAAGAUGGAGAGGCAGGUGCUGGCGCGGGAGAAGCAGAUGAGGGAGGAGGCGGAGAGAGCCAAAGAGGAGAUGGAGCGACGCCUCUUCCAGCUGCAGGACGAGGCCCGCAUGGCCAACGAGGCCCUGCUGCGCUCGGAGGAGACGGCGGACCUGCUGGCGGAGAAGGCCCAGAUAGCGGAGGAGGAGGCCAAGCUGCUGGCCCACAAGGCCGCCGAGGCCGAGCAGGAGCGCCAGCGGCUGGAGGUGACGGCGCUCAAGACCAAGGAGGAGAAGCGCCUGAUGGAGCAGAAGAUGCGCGAGGCCGAGACGCUUGCAGUCAAGCUUGUGGAGCAGUCCGAGAGGAGGUUAAAGGAGGCUGACCACCUAAAGCAAGACCUGAAUGAGGCCAAGGAUGCAGAGCGCAGGGCCAAGCAAAAGCUGCUGGACAUCACCAAAACCACAUACCCGGUGGUGGCUUCUUAUCCUGCACCUCCUGCUGCCCCUGAAUAUCCUGAAGCGUCCAUGGAAACGGCCUCACACAGAAUGGACUUUAAGGACUCAGACAUGAAAAGACUGUCUAUGGAGAUCGAGAGAGAACGGCUGGAGUACAUGGAAAAGAGCAAGCACUUGCAGGAUCAGUUGAAGGAACUGAAGUCUGAGAUCGAGUCCCUGAAGCUGGAGGAGCAGCAGCAGCAAGCCGGCGUGUUUGGCAUGUGUCCCCCCCAAGCCCGCAUCUACUCCGAGCCCGUCUACUUACCUCACAGCAACCGCAACUCUGCCUACCUGACUCAGAUGGCCUAUUUUGAGGAGGUGUGAGAGGAGAGACUCAUCAGCAGGAAGAAGAGGAGGAAGAGGCAACAGUACAUAUCCACCUGAACCUGGAUGUGCGUACUGAUAUUAGCCAUGAACACUCGCACACACACAUACAUACACACAAGGAGCAGAACAUUUCAGCCUCUACACUAACUCCCAUUGUGAGUCCUGAAGGAACUCUUGACAAAAAAAAAAUGUCUUCCAUUUCAUGGUCUUCACAAUUUAAGUUAUGUGUGCAUUUGGUUGUAUGCAACUUCCUUGUGCUUUAAUUUCAAACCGAGGUUCCACUGUACAUAUAGCCUAUCUCCUAUCAAACCUAGGUGCCUUUUCCAAACGUGUUGAAAAAGGGAUUAUUGUCCGGCAAGACGUAUGACCAGUUCAAACCUCUGACGCAGUUUCUUGCUGUGGUAUUGCUGUGAAAUUCAAGAAAUAUUUAAAGAUCUUGUCAUUGUGACGAGCGAGCGGCUUAGUAGUUAAAUGACAUUCUGUGAAGUGAGACCACAACCCAGUCUCAGAAAUUUUAGGAUUAGAUAUCAUGUUAUCACGUUUUGGGCCCUCAUUUAAAAGCUGGGCAAAGUGCAAAGUCUGUCAACAAGCAAAGUUAUCGUCCAUGACCUACAGCCAUCGUGUUGCAUGUGGAGGAGCAUUGGGCUAAGUCAUGAGUGUUUGCGCGUUACCCGUGGCCUUUAAAUCAGCUAAUUGAUUUUGUCGAGGAGAAACCUGGCGAUUUUUCUCAUAGAUCUCCGGUUAUCAAGGGCACCGAGUACAUUUGGAAUGGGAAUUGUUUUUUUAAAACAAUGGCUUUUACCUAGCUGGAGUUGCUGCAGCCAACAGCUAACGCAUCCAGGCAGCUACUGUGCUGCACUGUGGGGGCGUGAACAUGGGUGCUCAUGAACAGGCCCCCAGAGUGGAAGAAUAGUUUUAGAAGACUGGUCUCAUGUUUUUCAAAUGUGUGUGCUGCUGUCACAUCUGGUGUAGCUAGUUCCAUUGAUCAAAGUGGAAGUUCAUUGUUGCAGCGCACGCUCAGCAAACGGAAUGCUUCAGUGACGUGCCUGGAGUAGGCUGCCUGAUAGGCUUUGGUCUUUGCCCAUCAUUCAGAUUUGGACCCCAUGUCUGUCAGAUCGAAACCCUUAAAUUAUUCAUUUCCUUCUUUGAUCUAUGGGGUCCUCAAGAGCGAGGUGGUUUGCACUAGAAACCUGUUUAAUUUUUUUUUUCCUCCUAAUAUAUUCACAAGUUAUCUAGACUUUUAUUUGCCUUUUGUACACUAAAAUGUUGAGCUUUGCCUUAAACUUGUGAUCUUUGCCUUUAAACUAUUUUUAUUAAGGGAUUGUUCUAUGAAAUAUAGAAAAAGUGGACAUGAACAUACACACACUUUUCCCCACACUACAUCCAUUGGCAAAAUGCUCACCACCACAAAUGCACCUUUGUGCACACAUCACUUCAGUUUGUGAGGAAGCACUACAAGAAUCAAGUAGUUUUGUUACUGAUGUGAGCAGUAUUAUCAGAUUAUGCUAGUUUAUGUUCUUUGGUCUUUUUAAGUCCAUUUAUUCGGUUUACUUAAGUCCAGUGUCUUUGACUCUUGACGCGUAUGUGUGCAUUAUGUAUCGUUUGUGUUUUGUUUUGUUGUUUUGUUGAUUGUCCAUGUAUUCUCUGUUAUUUAAAUGCCAUGAAAAGUGUGUCAAACUUUGCCAUUGGUCCCGUGCUAGUUGUUGAUGGAGCAUAACCCAAUUCAUGCAAUACUUAUGGUAAAUCAUGAGAGACUGAGGAAUACCACGGGAUGCCCACAUGGCCAUCAGUAAUAUCAUGUUCUGAGCAUCAGCCUUUAGUCAUGGCCUAAUCCAAGUGCCCAAAACGUGUGUUUAGUUGGCCUUCACAUGAUACGCAGGUUCCCUUUGACCAACUAAAGAUGAUGUGAUGAUGAUUAGGAUGAUAAUGAUGAUGGAGUGUUUGAGAUCAUUCGUUUGUUCAGUCAGAAGAGAACACCCAGCAAUGAGGUGGACUCUAGACUCCUUCCAUGCCCUUAGAUCAUAUGGGUUACUGUUUUCAUGACAUGAUUUCAUGUCAUGGUCUUGUUUUUAUGUAGAUUUUCAUUAUGCAGUGUUGUCUUUGUAGAUAGAUUAUCAUGCCUUUUAUAAUCUGUAAGGAUCUGGUUUUAUGUGGAGAAUAUAUUGUUUUAUGCAAUAAGUGUCUUAAGCGAGUCUUGAUUUCACAGAAAGACAGGUAGCUGCUGCUGAAGGCAUCCGGUUUUUUUUAUGGAAUGUCUAAUUGAAUGGUCCUGGAAGGUGUAUAAAAGUUUAAAGAAGCCAUGGAAGGUUUGUUGAUUCUUAUUUUUGAAAAGCCCAGGGUUUUAUGGGGGUGGAGUAUAAGUCGACAUGGCAACUGUCUGGCUUGAUGGCAUGAUUGGGUCGUGCAGAGGAGUGUUCGGUGAUUCUGUGAACGGUCAAUCACAGCAUCAGGAACACCGUCUGAGGAGUGUCGCAGUCGGGCUUACACCAGGCAUGGAACUGAAUGCUUCCUUCACGGAGAGUAAAAAUAGUUUUAGAAGAAUGGGCUUUUUUCCCCAAAAUGUAUGCACCGCCAUCACAUCAGGUGUACCCAGUUCCAUCCUCUGUGAAUAGAACGCUUCAGUUACAGUACUGUAGCCUGCCUGUCAGAGUCACAUGGAUUUGGUAUGUGGCUCAUCAGAUUGGGGUGAUUUAUUUUCCUGGGUAACAUCCAUGAUGGUCUACCAGAUAUAUAUCAGCAACAUGUUUGUACAUGUGUUAACAGAUACAUCUGGAGGCAGGAAUGGUGGAAUACUGAGUAAACAGGACUACAUACAAUGUUCAAAAAACACUCCUGUCUUUACAUACAAUGUGUGAAAGACAUCACUGUUUAAAGUGGACAUGCUCAGGAUACAACCAGUGUGACUGUAUUUGUGUGAAAAGAUUAAAGGAUUUCUCCUGGUUGUCUAGUCAUACGAAUGGAAAAGUGGAUUGGUUUUCCAAGAAUACUUUAUGUAAAAGUUUCUAAAAACAAAGUAAACCUAACACUCCUCAGUGACUUCUCAGUGAGUUUCUAACUAUCCCUCCAGAAACCAAAACGCUGGAUAAACUGCGGUCAUAUUAAGGGAUACUCUUUGUUUUAAACCUAAGCUAACCUCAUCGGUCAUAUCUCCUCUGUGCUGUUUAGGGCCAUAUUCAGCCAGCACAAGGAAACAUUUUGUCACAAGGCCUCCAAGUCCAAAUUGUGCCUUGAACACUAUGCAAUGGGUUUUUUGUUUCUUUAACCAAAACACUAGAAACAUUAUGUUUGCAGCCUGCCUAUCAUCACAUCACUACGUUGGUUUUGAUUUUACACUAUUAGACAGUUCAGUGUUUUGUCUACACCAGGGAAUGGCUACGGACACAAUAACGUUUUUAUGUAUGGCUGUUACAUGUAUGUAACAUGUAAACGUCUUGAUAUUUUACUUGUUAUCAAAAAUGAGUGGACGUUUAUAUGCGUAACGAAUUCUUCACUGUGUGCACUGCGGUGUCAAAGUCUUCUUUUGUACUCUGAAUAAACUUUAAUUUUCAGA